AUUUCCCUCUCUCAGACGUUCCCUCUCUCUCUCAUUCUCUCUGUUUUCCUCACGAGCACGAACCACAACCCACAAGCCCUCACGAACCCACAACCCGCUCCCACACUCACGAACCCACAAACCAGACUUCCCCUCUCUCUCUCUCUCUCUGUUCUCCUCACGAGCACGAACCCACAACCCCUCACGAACCACGACGAGGACGAUCCAGGACCACGACGACGACGAAGCACUGAACUUCACUGAAGUGAACCAUUGAACCACGAAAAGAUGGCUCCCAGACUCAUUAUUCCAGCACCCGAGCAUUUCACUGGCCGCGUCACAUAUAGGGGCACUGGAAUUUUUGCAAAAAUUAAAGCUCGGUUUGAGGAGUUCAACCUUAACAACACGGCGAAGGAAAGCCGUUUCGGGAGCUUCUGGAAUGCCGUACCACUGACAUUCUCCUCGGUGUUAUUUCACCAGCUGAUGCUCCACAAAAUGAAAGUGGAUGCUCAGGAGGAGUUGAGGAUGAGGUUUUAUGUUGGUCGGAAGGAGGUCCGAUUCGGGGUGCUGGAGUUUGCACUCAUUACGGGUUUGGACUUCUCCUCGGGGCCAACAGAAGAGGAGAAGGCUGCGCAGGUCGCGCGCUCGGGGUCAGACCGACUGAUCAACAAAUAUUUCAACCGGUCUGAUAGUGUGAAGACAGAAGCACUCCAACUUCAGUUCACAAACUGCCAGAACCCGGAAGACUUGUACAAGCUCGGCUUGUGCUUGUUUGUGGAGUCAGUGCUUCUGGGCCGCGAGGCCAACGCGCUGAUCACGCCUCACAUCAUUAGAUAUGUGGAAGACCUCGAGUUCUUCUUCCGGAUUCCUUGGGGGAAGCACUCAUUCGCCAGACUCAUGCACUCGCUUCAGAAAGACAUGUUGAAACAGAAGGCCAACUACGAGAAGAAGCUGAGUUCGGAUGUUCAGCACGAGUGCAAAUACACAGCAUAUGGCUUCGCACCUGCAGUCCAAUAUUGGGCGUACGAGGCCAUUUUGGAGGUUGGCAAGAGGUAUGGCACGAACCACGGGAUUCGGUUCCCCGAGAUGCUUAGCCGGACGAGCAAAGGCGAUAUUGGGAAGAAAGACUCGUGUACCGAGACUCGGGUCCCGUACACUCAGGAAAGAGACACUCAGGCCACUGGUUCAGAACCUCAGCCCAGUGCACCAUCUUCAUCAGGCGUUCGGGGUGCCGAGUACACUGAUUUAGUGGCUCGGUUGGAUAGGAUCGAGGGUGACACUCAGGGUCUGUAUGCUGCUCAUGUCGAGCUGAAGAAGGCAUACGAGACCAGCCAUGUAGAGCUGAAGGGUGGUCAGAACGUAAUUAUGGAGCAGCUCAGAGACAUAUUGGCCAUGUUGAAUCGUCCGCCAACGACAGCUUCAGCACCGGAGGCCCCAGCAGAUCCAUCUACCCCACCACCAGCUGCUUCACCCCCAGUAGAAGAGGAUGAGGUCUUCCCCGACGAUUACGAUCCUUAUGAGGGAGCUCCAGCGACUCCGAUCGAGGCACAACCUCUUAUCCAUGUACAUGACACCGAGUCGCAGGGUGAGAUUCUGUCCAUAGAGGCACAACCUGCAGUGGUUAAGAGUCGGAAGAGGAAGAGAAAGCCUCCUGUAUGGUUCGGUGACUAUACGGAGAUGAAGAGGAGACAUAGGCCAUCUUCGACUUUUGAUCCCCUGGAGCCACCGGACGAGAAAUUGUUAACCACUUUCCGAAAGUGGUGUGUUGGACUCAUUCCGAACCACCGACUUCGGGAUUUGAGAAGUGGUGAUUACGGUCCAGGAUUCUUUUGGAUAAUGCUCACACCAAAGGAAUGGCUUACAGAUGACCAUAUAGAUGCAGCAAUGCAUAUGUUGAGGAGGCGACGCACCGACUAUCCACUGACAUUUCCUCAGAAGGGUAUCAUUCUCUCCACAUUCGUGACCGCCAUGAUCAGCAGUGCAUGGACGAGCCACAAGGGUCCGAGGAAAAACUUUAAAUGGGAGGAAUAUAUCCUGGACUACUGCACAGGGUUUCAUAAGUCCCAAGUCUUUGAGAGAUGGAGGGGUAACGAGUUUAUUUACUUCGUUCUGCACCUUCCCACGGCAAGACACUGGGUCACAGUUGAAGUGGACAUAGAGCUGUGGAAAAUUAAUGUCUACGACUGUGAUUCCAGCAACGGCAAAUACCCCAUCCUAACUCCUGAGGAGCUGAAGCAGGAGGAUGAUGUUGGCAUAGUUACUCCUGCAAUGCAGAAAGUUUUGGACGCCGCUCGAGCUUUCGAAAGAGAGCGAAACGGUAACGAGUUCAGGUUCAUGCAACUUGAAAGAGAAUUUGCAAAAACUGGUGAAUGGCCGGCUCCACCACCUGGGUUCCCCGAAGGAUGCCGUCGUUGCAAAUCGGGCAUCUUCAAUCUGUAA